CAUAACCUCUAAAAGGUUGUGUUUGUGUAUUUGUGUUGUGUGUGAAUGUAAAAUUAUUUCUGAUUAUAGUUUAUGCAAAUCUUUAUUCGUCGAGUGAUUUGAAUGUUUCAUAGUAAAAGUUUGUCAUAAUUUAGCUAGUCAAAGAGUGUAGUUUACAAUUAGAUACUACCAUUGACUACGUAAACCCCUACUGUUACAAUUUUCUUGAAAACAUAACCAGAAAAUGGCAUCUCCACUGGAACAAUUUGUAAAUCAUGUUCGGACUUAUUCCCAACAAGGGAACUUUCGGGACUUGGUCAAUAUGUUGAAUAAGUCACAAGAUGUGCUGAUGCGAAAUGGAUCUCAACUUGACACGGUACUGGAAAUGUUCGACUUGCAGCAGCACUCUCUAGGUAUGUUGGCAGUCCUGAAUGCGAAGCUGACUCUGCCUCCACCAACAAGCUCCACUUCCCCGCCGCAGCCCGCAAUCCCGCCGGUUGCCAUUGUUGCCCCAAGUGGAGGUGGGGGACCUACAGACUAUCACGAGAUACUCUUUACCCAAGCCCAAGAGUUCAUAAUAGGCUGCAAUGCAGAGCAAGUCCGGUUUGCCGCAGAGAUGUAUGCAAAUUUGUGCCAUCAGCUGACUAGAGUUCUGAUAGAAAUGAAAGCAGCGAUCCGAGGAAUCUCACUCCUAAAGUUGGCUAUUCGCAAAAUCCAGACAUCAGAAGCACAGCUAACAUCCAUUCACGCUGACCUUUGCCAGCUCUGCCUUAAAGCUAAAUGUUUUAAGCCUGCAUUGGAGUUCUUGGAUACGGACAUCACCACAAUAAGCGAGGAGGGAAGCCAGUUCAACAGCAAACAUUUCCUAGCGUACUAUUAUUACGGUGGUAUGAUCUACACGGCACUGAAGAAGUACGAGCAAGCUUUGUACUGUCUGGAGGUAGUGAUCACUACUCCUGCGUACGCGGUCAGUCAUGUCAUGCUGGAGGCUUACAAGAAGUAUAUCCUCAUCUCCCUCAUACUUUACGGCAAGAUCCAGAACGUCCCCAAGUACAUGACUGUGACAGUAACUAGGUUUAUCAAACCACUGAGCCAAGCCUACCAUGACCUGGCGAAUGCCUGCACGACCAACAACGCGAUCGAGGCCCAGGCCAUACUUACCAAAUACCACGACACAUUCAACAGGGACACCAACAUUGGCCUGACCAAGCAAGUGGUUGCGUCUCUGUACAAGAAGAACAUCCAGAGGCUGACCAAGACGUUCUUGACGUUGUCACUGACUGAUGUGGCCAGUAGAGUUCAUCUGCCGAGCCCUGCCGACGCAGAGAAGCACAUCCUUAACAUGAUUGAGGAUGGGGAAAUAUUUGCGGCAAUCAACCAAAAAGACGGAAUGGUCAGUUUUCACGAUGACCCCGAGAAGUAUAACACACCAGCGAUGUUGAAACGGCUGGAGGACGAGAUGAGCACGUGCAUGGAUUUCAACCGACACAUUCAACUGAUGGAGGAAGAACUUGUCGUAAAUCCUCAGUAUGUCAAGAAAUGUCUCGGGGCUCAAGACGACGAUCUGACUCCCACCCAAGGAACAAAAAUAUCAACCUACUCCAUGUAAACAAACAUUUGUGCUAAUCCUUCUUUGCUCGGAAUCUUAAAACUAAUUCUGUAUGAUGCGACGAUGCAGAUAUUUUCACUAAAAAUAACAUGUAUGUAUUGCUCUGAAAUUUUAAUAAAACAUGAGUAUACAUUCGUAAUUCUCUUAGUGAAUCCUUUGCUAACAGUUCGUGGCGUAGGGAUCAACCUAGAGGUGAAUGAGUUGGUUAGGUUUGCCACCGGACUGUUGUGUGGAUUACUUUAUUAUUUAUUUUGUGAUUUUAUUACAACAAUUUAUGUGAAUAAAUAAUUUUUGUUACA